UAACGCGAACUGAAAAUAGAAACGUACUGCUGAGUUUCACACGCCAUGUGCUUUCGGUCUUGCAAUCGGGAAACCCGAGUUGUUUGGACACAUUUUUUCGGCUGCACCGCAACAGAGUCCAGCUAGAUGAAUCAUCUAAUCGCGUUAGCUGUAAGCGACCAGUUCCGCCAUGGCCGUGGUGGUCCAGAGCAGCCGCGGCUGGGUGUUGGAUGCAUGCUCAUUCAUUGAUCGGGGCUGUUCGCGUUGCAUCCGAUGGAGUGGUGAUCAGAAGUCACACGUCAAGUGUCGUUUCAAAAGGCAGUGUUUUCAGGUGUUAAAAAGCCAUGGUAGUGUGACUGCCAGUGCCGCUGCGGAAGUAGGAAACACGGAUAUGUUGCAGAAAAUGAACAAAGCGUCAAAGAAAAGGAAACGAAAACAUAGUGAACUCAACCAGGGGGAAAUUGAUUCUCAAGUCUUCCACAAGAAGAUCAGGUCUGUCAUCCUGGAGGGAGCCAAGGCCUUGGUGGAUUCUGCCCGAUCCCUCGGAUAUCUGAAAGGAGCGACGGACCUGGUGAAGGAGCCUCUUCCUUUCCAGGAGUGCAGCCUUGCUGCUCUUUGUGACAUGGCUAAAGAGCUCCCUCUAGCGGACGACGGGGAGCAGGAGGAAAGUGUUCAGUCACUUGUUGCCGAGGAUGGCUGUACAUCACAUGUCGACCUGUUCUCUCGGGUAACAGAGAGCAGGGCGGACCGGGCCACGAUGGUUACACUGAUGGGAGAGGAAUAUGUAAUACCACCGCGCACAGCCUUCCUGCUGUCUGAUUUCACACGAACACAGCCGCUAGUCCACUAUGGAAGAAAGUUUGACUUAAUAGUUAUGGAUCCACCGUGGGAAAACAAAUCUGUUAAAAGGAGUCGCAGAUACAGUUCUUUGCCCUCAUCGCAGCUGAAACGGCUCCCCAUACCCCUACUGGCAUCUACAAACUGUUUAGUGGUUACCUGGGUCACAAACCGGCCCAGCCACCUGCGUUUUGUCCGCGAUGAGCUGUAUCCACACUGGGGGAUAGAGGUCGUAGCCGAAUGGUUCUGGGUGAAGGUGACCACAUCUGGACAGUUUGUGUUUCCACUGGAUUCACAGCACAAGAAGCCGUAUGAAGUGCUGGUCCUGGGCCGAUAUCAUUCCUCUGCAGAUACCUCACUAAGCUCAUCAGAGAUGUCAGAGGUUCAUUUAGAGGACCAGCGUUUGAUUGUCAGCGUCCCAUCAGCUCUCCACUCCCAGAAGCCCUCACUCUCAGAGGUGCUGAAGCUGUAUGUUAGACCUGAAGCCACAUGCUUGGAGCUGUUUGCCCGAAGUCUGCAACCCGGAUGGACCAGUUGGGGCAAUGAAGUGCUCAAAUUUCAGCAUGCGAGCUAUUUCACUUUGACACCUGCAGAUGAUCCAGCAGACAUUCCUAAAGAGGAGGUCUCAACAGACAAACCCACAGUCACACCAGCAUCCAACUCUCCUGGAGAAUCCUCUCCUCCUCAUCACUGGCCCACUACUGUGGACUAAUGUCUGGGUCCAUUUUUAUGGUAGUGAAUCACAGGGCUGAUGAUGCAGCCGGAGAGAUGAAAGUGCAUUUCUGUGCAGCUAUGUUUUGAACCUCACUGCCCAGAUUGCAGUCAGCACAACACAAGGUUUUUUUAUAUUUGCCUUUUGAGUAAUCUUUGGCACAAUAUGUGUCUUAAGGAUGAUGAAAGUAUUUCUAUUUUUACUCAUACUAAUGCUGUUUUGAACUGAAUUUCAAAAUGUUUCCCAAUCCUAAUGAAAUAAACAGUUUUAUA